GCUCAAUAACGACGACACCAGCGCCACAGUUCUGAAGGCCGCCACCACCAGCCCGUCGCCGUAGCGGAGAGAAAGGUAAGGAGAGGAGGGCAGGAAGAGUGGGAGGAGAAGAAGCGCGCCCGCAACGGCGGGCCCCUCAAGAGCACCAAUCGAACCGAGCAGCCCGUGUGGGGCUGUGAUGAGGCCCCCCCACCUUCGGCCCCCCGCCAAUCCAACGGCCGCCUGUGGCCGUUGUCUCGACGUCGCGUAGGUUCCACGAACGCACCAAACUCGAACUCAUUGAACCAGUCCAGUGACCGUCGGAAGCGCAGCGUCGGGGAUACGACGACGGUCACCGCGCAGCGCUCAGGAUUCCGGCCUUGAGCCCUGGGCCAUGGCCGGGACGUCCCGGGCGGCGCCGUGAUGUCGAGCUCGGCGAGCCUCGAGGCGUCCGCCACGCCGCCAACGCUCAAGAUGUCCAGCCGGCAGCUGCUCAACGUCAGCUCGCUCAGCAAGCACUCGGCGGCCGCGGGCGGCGGAGGUACGCCGCUGCUCGUGGCCGAUGCGCGCAGGCGCCUGCACCUGGCGUCCGCGUCCCGGCUCGCAGUCCACCAACUACUGGGCUCACUGGCGCUGCUCUGCCUCCUGUCGCUGCUCAUGGCGUUCCUCGCGCUCUUCUUCUUACAACGCGUGGCCAGCGCGGGCCCCCAGAACUCCGACAGCCCGGAGGAACACCUGGCCCUCUACCAGGUGGCCGUUGCCAUGAGCACGCUCACCAUAUCGCUCAACCUGUGCUGCCUGUUCGUCUGCUGCAUCCAGUUCCUGCUCGGCGUCAAGCUGCUCCGGACGCCGAAUGGACUCGACAGGACAAACAUGUUCAUCAAGAGGAGCUCACAUACCCGUGUGCUGGCUAUUGCCGGCUUUUUCUUGUCAAUACCAGUCUUUUUCACAGGAGUAAUCCUCUUCACAUUCAUCCACUUCCACGAGCUGCCAGCCAUCGUAACCAGUGUUGUGAUUGGACUGGGCAUUGUCUUCUGUGGUGUGGCCUCCGUCCACAACGUCUACCUCUGGCAGUGGGAGAAGACCUGUGCUACUCGUGAACUCGUUGAGAGCCGAGCACUUGGUGUGCAGCCGGACUUGACCCACACUCUUGAGCUCUCAACACUGGUGUGACUGUGUGUGUGAUGACACAAGCUACAAGGGACUGCCACACAAAGUGGAGGCCAUUCAGGAAUUGAGGACCAUACCAAGCGAUGCCCCUGGCUCACAAUGACGUGUGCAGUGUCAUAGGGCUUUGCUAGCACAUGGUAAGAGAAGCUAGUCAGCAUGGGGCCUCUCCUAUGUAUGGAAAGCUCAUUCUACACCUCGUACAACUGCUGAUCUGCUGGAUCCUGUCAUAACGUAAGACUGAAAGUUGCCUGCAAAAUUUUAGUGAAGUAUAAUUCGUAGCCUUUAACUAUAUACAGUUGCACAGUGCAGCAUUGUUUCAAGGUUUUGAGUAUCUCUGAUCACUUUACACUGAGUCAGUGUUUUUCCUUUCUUAAUUCCAGUUUCUCUACUAUGCCUAAAGUGCUUGGAGCAAUAAGGCCAUUGGCAUAGCACUGCUUAAAUUAACUAUACAUUGCUACCCCCAUAAGGCCCAUCAUCAAUUCAUCCAAGCCCUACACUACAGUCAAAACUAUGGUGUAGUCAAGAGCAAUUUCUACAUCAGGCAUGUAAAGUGAGGAAAACAGUAGGGCUAAAAACACGUUUUUGUCGUUUCUUUCCCUUGUUUAGCACUGACUUCAACUUAAGCUCGACUUUAACAAAGUUUCACGUGUAAAUAGACAUGUACUGUGCGAUGACUCCUUGCCAUGGUGAAUUUCAUGAACUGUAACUGUGAGAGAGAGGCACAUCAUGGCUUGCUUUUCUUACUCUUCUAGCAGCCUUCUAGGCCAGCGUUGUUCUCACCCAGAGAAAAAGCUUGCAGUCAUAGGUAGUUGAAACAGGGUGAAUGAAGUGAUCUACAGGAUUUACAGUACUUAUUCUGAUAGGACAAGACAUGGUUUAAAGAGUUAGCAUGCUGAACAGCAGUUAAUUUAGGAAGUGGGCAGUACAGGUAGCUACGGGCAAUUAAAGCAGGGUUAAUCAUAUCCUCCACUAAUGCUUAGGUAAAAGGACAAGAUGUGUUGGCACAUCAGGGUGAAACCCCCGUGUGCUUAUAUUUACAUGCACGUUAAAAAACUCUGGGUGGUCAGAUUUAAUCCACGGAUGUUUACUAUGCCGUCCCUCAAUGCCUAGGUGUUACGAGACAGAGAAUGCCACCAGCUGUUGUUACUCUGUUGAAACAGGGUGAUUGAAAUGCUCUGCCUGGGGAAAGAUUUCAUACUGAAUUAGAAGUGUGGAUUUUCACUUGUUGAGCAGCAUGCGCAAAAUGUAGGUUGUAAGAUCUCUUUGGGGCCAGAAGAAAAUGAGCGACUGUAACCUUUGAACUCGGACUAUUUUGGUUGCUGCAAAAUGCUCUUUUAACCGUAAGCUAGCAAAAAGCAGGAACUCAGAAGAAAAUAGAAAUUAUCACAUUACAUAUACACAGUGUUUCCAUUUCUGAAUUUUUAAAAUUUAUCAGCUUUCAUUCUCAUUGUUGUACACAAUGUUGUUAUGAUUGGUACACUGCAGGUUUUACAGUGAGCCAAUCAGUUCAGCCUUACAUGUUGCAGUUCAGCUAAACUUUUGUCAUUCAGAGACUUACAAGCAACAAAGUCACCAGCCCUAGAGGGGUCAUUCAUUUCUCGAAAAUCGCAACUACUCAAGUGAUAUUAUGCACCGUGCCAUUACUGGCUGAUCUUUAAGUGUAGAAACUAUGUUUGCAAUAUAUAUAAUUCAGCUAAGUGAGCUAUUAAUGGCUCUUCAUUUAGAAAGAACAUUUGUACAGUAGAGAUCGUUCUUGCUGUGUGCCAUCUAGACCAAGCGGGCUUCAUUAGGUGGCUCAGUGUAAAAGGCAGAAAUCGGCACAAGUGCUGAGGAUUACUAUGAUACUCCAAGCAGAUGAACAGAGCAAGCUUUUGCAGUCAUGGCCACCAGUGUAUGUAGAUGUUUUCUUUUGUUCAAGGCAACGGCAGAAAGAAAGCACAAAAACGUGUUGUGUCUUACAAUUAUAACACUCUGCAAAGAGAAAAGAAUUGCUACCAUUUCACAUUAGGGCACAAGUACAAAAUUAUGCAAAAGUAAGAGAGCCACCUAUAAAUGACUGUUCCAGUUCAAUAGGUCACUCAGUUCUGCCCAAAUUUGGCUUAAAAGUAGCAUUGUGCAGUGCGUUUUGUUUAAUACCAUGUUUACGCACAGUAACUAGACUGUUUUUUCCAGAAUGAAUCAAAAGCACUGCAUGUGGUGAUGCUGGGCAUAAAAAACAGAUUUACUGAGUAAAGGGAAUGGAGACACUUACUAUUCCUAUUGCUCUAAAAGCUACGAUUCUAACCUAACAUUGCAAGUGGAUGAUCCACCUUUCUGGCUCAUUAUGGGUGAAAUGGAAAUUUAUUGCAUCCAAACUUGGCAAUAAUUAAACAAAAUCCACUAGUAUAACAUCACCUUUACACGCAAUUAUAGAAGGCAAACAAAUGACUGGUUUAGACGUAAGAACCACUUAUUCCAGGCUCUGCUAUUUUUACACGUGAAAGGUGGAAGCAAGCAUUGCAUUGAUCGAAACAUACAUAUUCUGCAUUGGAUGGGCAUUUUUUCUUGCGUCACAAUACUUGAACCUAAUUUGACAAAAGGUUGAUUCAAUUAGAACAGACUACCUAAUGAAAAGGCCAAGCGCAGCGGAGAAAAGAACAUUGGGACCUGGUAAAUAUGUUGUAUGUAUGAAGAUGCACCAUAAGUUACACAAUACUCAUUUAUGUUAACUUUGUCUAAAAAGUAUGUGCCCUUGUUGAAUGAAAGUGUGAACACACAGCACUUUAAUCUGCAGUAGAAGCCUGUUUCACGAGUCAUCAUUUGCUGCGCUGAAUGCACUCAUAUCAACUUGAUCUAAAGUACCAUGCUUGAGACCAUGCUUGCCUUAUGGUUAUUGUACCCCAGUUGUAAAUGACAACCAUUGCGUGCCUUUGAGGAGGCCUCUCUGUUGCCGUGUCAAGUGUGCUGUGUUAUAGCUAGCGCUGUUGUUAUACAACUGUAGUCAAGCCACACUCUUGCUCUGUAUAGAAGCGACAUUCGCUUGCAAAGUAUUUUAUUUUGAUGUAUGAACACAGUUCAGUGCAGUGAGAAGAAAAAUGAAAUGACUGUUUUGUUACAAUAUAAACACACAUGGAAGAUAGAGUUGCACAUGUACACAUCAUCUUUUUUUUUUUUUUUGGUGCUGCACACAUUUGUUGCCAAGUACAAAACUUUGCACUGACCACAGUGAUGAUGGUCGUGGGACCAAUUGCUUGUACAUAGUAAAUGAAUAUAAUAUUUCACGCACA